AUGGCAAACUCGAGGCGCGCGGACAUUAUGUUGGGCAAAAAUUUCAAACCGGAAGGACAACCCGGCCCUUGCAAGCCUUACCUUGCAUUUUCAAUCGAUAAUAUUUUGAGAAGAAAAGAAGAAACUUCGCGAAACAUAACGUGUGUUGUCAACGGGAACAAAGCAUACACAGCGAGAUCUGAAUUUGAAGACCUGCAAGAGAGCUCUAAAAGAGGAAUGGAAGAUUCAACUAAAAUUUCCCAUUUACCUUGGUUGGCAUAUACACGUUACUCACCGCCUAAACUUCCAAGGUCAAGAAGAAGACUUAACAACAGCAAACGUCGUUCAAGUGGUUGUCCUCGGGUGCCAUUCUCCACUUCACAGCUGAUGACCUUAGAGCAGAAAUAUACAGAAAAUCACUAUCUCUCUGGAUCACAAGUCACCGAUCUGGCGCACAGCUUGGACUUACCACAGCAUCGAAUCAAGAUUUGGUUUCAAAACCGACGGGCGCGAGAGAAACGAAACCAAGAGGAAAGUUCGAUCAACAAGAUGGAGGAGCAACCAACAAAUUUCUCGCAACAGGUUGUGUUAAAUACACAGUUAACAGCUUGUUAUGUGCCUUCUCCGCUGACCUCAAACUUUUCCAUGGACUGUUUUGGUUUAGGCAGCCACUCGCCGUAUAAAAUGCACAGGCCCGCAGCAAUGGGUACCUUUCCUUUCAGCUGAAGGAACUUGAGCCUAAGCUUUGGACGAUCGUUUAUGAAGCAAGAGUGUAAACCAAAGACAUACUCUUCUAGCUUUCGGCUAGUUAAACAGAAUUUCAUCUAAUACUGCAAGCCGAAAAAACGUAUCGUUUUUUAUCGAUUUCAUGUAAGUACGGUGUAUUUUGAGAUGGUUCAGCUUCAUUAAUGCUACGUCAAGUUACGAUUUUAUUUGCGGUGAGCUGAUCUGCGUACCUUGAUUCGUUCUCAUUCUUAGUUAUUAUGCAGUGAUAUGAAUUAGGUAGUUCUCUUUUCAUUUUGUGUAAAACGCUUGUCACAUCAUGUUCACUCAAGGAUAGAGUAACACAAACACACGGACAGAAAUUUGUCCAUUCGAUUUAACUCGUCGGUUGGAUGCAAUAAAACAGGACCAAGUCAACACUCCUGAGAUAUCUGCUCACUGAA